CGGGCCUUGGCGGGAGGCUGGGAAUCCGGGGCAGCCACUGGCCCGCAGGGAUCCGCCGCCCUCCGUCAGCGCGUCCACUUCCGUCCCGGCGGGAGGCGCCUCCGCCCCGCCCGCCCCGACAGUCCCCGGGCUCGGCGGGCCGUCUCGGCGCGGGGAGAACGCAGGCUCCGGGCGGCGGACAGCCCACCUUCAAUCUCCGCAAUGGCUAAUGAGGCUCACCCUUGCCCGUGUGACAUUGGGCACAGGCUAGAGUAUGGAGGGAUGGGACAGGAAGUUCAAGUCGAGCACAUCAAGGCUUACGUGACCAAGCCCCCCUUCCACACGGACAAGGCCGUGAUCGUCAUUCAAGAUAUAUUUGGCUGGCAGUUGCCCAACACCAGAUACAUGGCUGACCUGAUCGCAGGAAAUGGAUACACGACCAUCGUCCCGGACUUCUUCGUAGGUCAGGAGCCAUGGCACCCGUCUGGGGACUGGUCCACCUUCCCGGAGUGGUUGAAGACAAGAGACGCCAGGAAGAUCGAUAAGGAGCUGGACGCCGUGCUGACCUACCUGCAGCGCCAGUGCGGCGCGCGGCGCGUCGGCGUCGUGGGAUUCUGCUGGGGGGGCGUGGCCGCGCACCACGUGAUGAUGACGUACCCCGGGCUCCGGGCGGGCGUGUCCGUCUACGGCAUCGUCAAGGACUCUGAAGACGUGCACAGUUUAAAGAACCCCACGUUGUUCAUUUUCGCUGAAAAUGAUGCUGUGAUUCCCCUUGAGCAAGUCUCUUUGCUGACCCAGAAGUUGAAAAAACACUGCAAAGUGGAAUAUCAAAUUAAAACAUUUUCUGGGCAAACCCAUGGCUUUGUGCAUCGAAAGAGAGAAGAUUGUUCAGCAGAAGACAAGCCCUAUAUUGACGAGGCAAGAAGAAAUUUACUUGAGUGGCUGCACAAGUAUGUUUAGCUGUGGCCAAGCGUAACUUACUCAAAACAGCUUCCUUGCACCCAGAAACGUGCUUUGGGAUAUUUGGAUCAUUUGAUUUAAUUUUCACUUUAUAUGAACCAGGGAAUCCUGAAACUCAUUAUUUCCUCUGUUAAUGCAUGAUAUAAUUUAACUUUUAACAUGUUAAAAAAGCCCCUAAACAAUGGAUUUGACUGAUCGGGUAAUAUCCUAACUGUAAGAACCUAGGGUGCUGGGGUGCCUGAGGGGGCUCAGUCUUCAGCUCGGGUCAUGAUCCCUGGGAUCGAGCCCGGCAUGGGCUCCCUGCUCAGCGGGAAGCCUGCUUCUCCCUCUCCCACUCCCCCUUGCUCGUGUUCCCUUUCGUCGUGUCUGUCUCUGUCAAAUAAAUAAAAUCUUUAGGGCUGUUUAUGGACCUGCUGACAGCUCAGAUGUGGACUUCUUGUGUUUUAAUUAAGUACAUCCUUUAAGAUGAUGGGCACAGUAUAGCCGUGAAGAACGUGAGCUAUAAACUCAAAUUCAAAGCCCAGCUUCAUGGGGCAUUUAUCUGUCCUAAUACGGAUCGGUCUAUCACGUUCAUACGUUGCACUGUGAGAAAUCCUGAAGUUGAAACAGGGUUUCAUUGACCUAAUUACAUCAAGCCAAUAAACUUACUUUUUGAAUGUGUGGCUUUUUCUAAAAGCUAAUAAAGACUGAUGGAUUACA